GUCAGUUUCCAAGUCUAGUGUCGCGUCGGCUUCCAGGCAGGCCGAUCGCUUCGUGUUUUUCGUUCCGUAGGGCACUGAGUUGGAAACGUCAAAAAACUUUACGAACACCGGCGUGCUCGACUUACUUGCAGUGAACCAGUGUAUCUUUUGGAUUUUUAUUUUAAUUUAUUAGUUAGUUUUAUAAUAAACGUGUGUACCAAAUUCUUGAAAAGUAUCGUAUGCAAGCGGGGCAGAUCCUGUUGCACCUUUAAUAACGGUGGUGAAACAAGAUGUCUCCAUGCAAAAGGAGUCGCUGCAUGUCGUUAAAAACGUUAACGACGUAAUAAUCGACUAUUUCUCCUAAGAAACCACAGUUAUCUACUGCGCAGGAGAUUAACUUCGGAGUCAUCAUGCAUUUUAAAUUAAUUUCAAUUUUUUUAGUAUGGAAUUUUUUAUUGAUAUCCGCGAAAAUUGAAUCAUCUGAAGAUGAGGAAGCCAGGGCGCGAAUACUGCGAAAUAGGGAGAACAACAGAAACCGUACUACUUUUAACGGAACUUUAACAGAUCUCCCAGAAAGACGAAAUCUAAGACAUAGGAACAGUUCGAAAUAUCGCAAUGACAGACACAGGUCAUGGGAAAGGGAACAUGAGACGAGAAGAGAUAGGAGAAAACUGUCAGCUAGCCAUUCUAGUGAAGAUUAUUAUGUUGCUAACCGAACAGUUGACCCUUAUGGUUUAAAAAAUGAUAAACGGAAAGCCGAUAAACAGUGGAACAGGAGCAAUGCCGAGAGAAUUCCUUUGAGAAGGCCGGUGAAUCCGGGUAAGACUCAGGAAAGAGCACAUCCAUUGCCGGUAAAAGAGAAUACGACAAGAUCCAGGCUCCGGAUGAUGAAUAAAUGGCACAAUGGCGGUUACAUCCCUUACCCGCAGCCAAGGGAGAAGAAACCGAACAUUAUCUUGAUAUUGACGGACGACCAAGACGUUGAGCUGGGGAGUUUGAAUUUUAUGCCGCGGACAAUGAAGGCUAUUAGAAGUGCCGGGGCAGAGUUUCGUCACGCGUACACUACGACGCCAAUGUGUUGUCCAUCAAGGAGCUCACUCCUAACCGGUGUGUAUGUGCACAACCACAACGUGUACACCAACAACGACAACUGUUCUUCCCCUCAGUGGCAGGCCACACACGAAACCAACACCUUUGCCACCUACCUGUCUAAUGCCGGCUAUAGAACUGGUUAUUUUGGAAAAUACUUGAACAAAUACAACGGUUCCUACAUCCCGCCCGGCUGGCGUGAGUGGGGUGGCCUCAUCAUGAACUCCAAAUAUUACAACUACAGCGUCAACAUGAACGGGAAGAAGAUUAAACAUGGCGACGAUUACCACAGAGAUUACUAUCCAGAUUUAAUAGCGAACGACUCAAUAGCCUUUCUUAGGUCUUCCAAGCGAAGAUUCUCGAGGAAACCAGUGCUGCUAGUGAUGUCUUUCCCGGCACCCCACGGGCCUGAGGACUCUGCCCCACAGUACUCGCAUCUCUUCUUUAAUGUCACCACUCAUCACACCCCAACGUACGACAUGGCACCGAAUCCUGACAAGCAGUGGAUUCUGCGUGUAACAGAGAAGAUGAAGCCCAUACAUCGUCAGUUCACCGACCUGCUGAUGACGAAACGCCUGCAGACAUUACAAAGCGUUGAUAUGGCAGUCGAAAGGGUUUACCAAGAAUUGAAGGCUUUAGGCGAACUGGACAACACAUACUUGGUGUACACCUCCGACCACGGCUACCACCUCGGCCAGUUUGGGUUAGUCAAGGGGAAAAGUUUUCCUUUCGAGUUCGACAUUCGAGUGCCCUUCCUUGUGAGAGGACCUGGCGUAGAGCCUGGCACUGUGGUGGACGACAUCGUCUUGAACAUUGAUCUGGCGCCCACUUUCUUGGACAUGGGUGGCGUAGACCCGCCAGCCCACAUGGACGGCCGGUCGCUGUUGCCACUGCUGCAGCCUCGGAGAAGAAGACAGGCCGCUAUGCAUUGGCCAGAUACUUUCCUUGUUGAAAGUUCCGGUCGUCGCGACACCCAUAUGGAUAACCGGGGAAAGUAUAGUCGUGAAAUGAACGAGAGAGCCUCAACGGAGGCUCCACAUGACUCGUCCUCGGAGAGUGGAGACUUUGACGAGGACACGGACGACGAUGACUUUUUAGAAGACGAAGAUGUUGACGAUGAUGAAAGCUCCGAUUCAGAGGCGAGCGACUUGAAAAAACCAUCCGAGCCAUUUUUAAAUAAUGAGAGUAAUAACCCAAUCUUAGAGGCGAGUCUGGAGAAAGCUCUUGAACUGGAAGACAACUCUAACAGUCAACCAAAUUACCUUAAAGUUUUCGACGAGGGUUCAGACUUAGUUAAUGGCAAAGCAGCGCGCUUGGCGGUGGAAUGUUCUAAAGCUGAAUUUCGUGCCCCUUGUUCCACAGGAAGAAAGUGGAAAUGUGUAUUAGUAAAUGGUAGAUGGCGACGUCAUAAGUGCAAAUAUGAGCCUGAAAUAAGUACACCGCCGCCCAAAAUGAGUACAAAGAAAUGUGCUUGUUUUACACCGAGUGGACUUGUUUAUACUAGGCUAGAAACCGAUGGAACAAUAGCAAGACGACCUACGGACUAUUAUAGAGAAAAUAUAAACAUAACAAGAAGCCGCAGGUCUUUAGACAAUGAUGUAUAUGAACCGAAUACUGUAGAUAGUAUACUCGAAGAAAACCCCAGCAUAGGACAUUUGAGUUUCAAAAACGAACCAACAGAUGAACUGCAAAAUAGAGAAAUUAAAGACAAGAUUGACGAGCUAAUCAAAGAAACUGAAGCAUUUUUAGAAGCUUAUGAACGUAGUAAAGAUAAUAUAGAUCAUAAAAGAAUCAAGAGGAGAGCCCAACAUUAUAAUCAUAGUAAAAAUAAACAUAAAAAUGAUGCUAUUUUGAAUAGUAAUGAAUCAUCUUUAGAAUGCAAAAUAGAAAAAGAUGGUACAGUUAAUUGUUCUCAAGUUAUUUACAAUGAUUUAAAAGCUUGGAUCACAAAUAGAAUGAGUAUCGAAGAUCAAAUUCGGCAGUUACGAACAAAACUUGAAGAUUUAAAGGAAAUAAAAAAGCACUUGAAAUCCACAAAACCUAUAGUUGAUCAGCAAACGCUGCAAUCAAAUUUGACUAUUAGCCAUAUACAUAAUAAGAAUGUAACUCAGGAGCAAAAUACUUCACAACAUGAGCAUGUAAGAAAAGGAAGAUUGCAUAGAACUCGAACAAAACAUAGGAACAGUACGUUGUUUGAUAAAAAAUAUCGUCAAUCUAAUGAAUUUGUGUUACCUACUGCUGUAAAUACCAACACUAAAGAUGAUAUCUUUGAUGUGCAACUUAAAAAUGAAAGCUCAUCAUCAUCUACUACACUUUUGCCCUUGUAUGAAGGAAUAACGACACGGCAAACUGAGGAAGAGCUUUCUAUUCCCCAGUCAUCUACUAUUGUUGUUGAUAAUAAUUAUUUCGGAUUGGAAAAUGAUAAGAGUACCGUAUCUUCUGUCGAUGAAACUACAACUGAAUUUGUGUAUCCGAAACUUGAUAGUACAAAUAUAAAACAUGCACUGCACGUAGCAAAUGCUACGGAUGCUGAUUCAAUCGAAAAUUUUUCGCAGCAAGCCCAGUAUUUUAGUUCAGAAAUUGACAAGGUAUUAACCACAAAGCAUUCAUUAGCUACAAAUAAACCAGAAACAUUUACUACACCAGCCAUCGAGCUUACAUCAUCGCAAAUUACAACUACUUCAAUGAAUCUUGGCCCAGCAAGAUUAGAUGCAUCAGAAUACGAACAGAGAAAUCCAAACAAAGGUAUGUCACGAGUAAAGGGUAUUCUGGAUAAGGGAUUCGACAGCUUUCAAAGAAGAUUACAUCCACUUUAUAUUGAAAAUGAAGAUAAACAUGUCUGUUACUGCGAGGAGAGUCGAAAAUCUAGAGGACCAGGUCAUAAUUACUGGGAAGCGGCACAAAAAGCUAGAGAACUUCGUAAAAAACUUAAAGCUGAAAGAUUACGAAAGAAGUUGAGGAAAGCGAAAAAGAAGGCUGAAUUGGAACGUCUAUGCGAAUCAGAGCGUAUGAAUUGCUUCCGUCACGACAACGAGCACUGGCGUACCGCGCCUCUUUGGACCGCCGGGCCAUUCUGCUUUUGUAUGAGUGCCUCCAAUAACACCUAUAACUGCGUAAGGACCAUCAACGCCACUCACAAUUUGCUCUACUGCGAAUUUGUCACGGGUCUCAUCACUUAUUACAACUUGAGAAUAGACCCAUUCGAAACCCAAAAUAGGGUAAAAUACUUGACAACAGCAGAAAAAGAAUAUUUCCACAAUCAGCUACAGCAGUUACUCAGUUGCCGCGGUCCAUCUUGUCGCAGAUUUUCACAUUCCAAUCUUUCAGGUACUAGUGAAGAAAGCUUUAGUAGAAGAUUCGAGGAAGAGCAAAUGUAUAGAAGUGAAUUGUAUGGCUAUAAUGAAAGAGCGGGAAGAUGGAAUAGCUAUGGUCGGCGAUAUGCAAGAGCGAGAGAGCUGCAUCGACGACGGCACAUGAUGGCGUACUAGUCAAGUCUAUAUUAAUAUGUUGAAAAUCGCGAUAAGAAAACUUUGCUUGACUUAAGCUGUGUACUCAACGAACUCCAACGAAUGGAUUUCGCUAAACUUCGUUGGUUUUGUCUAGAAAGUUUGGCGAACUAAUUCAUUGAAUCGAUGAAACAUUCGUUGGAACGGGGUGUAAGCGGCUUUAGGAAUUGGUCGAAAAAGAAUCUUAUGACUUGGGAGUAAAUGAAUGGUAAGAAAGUUAUAAGUAAGUAGACAGAAAACGCAGAGUAGAGUGAGCUAAAUCUAAAUAUGCAUCGAACUGUAGGGCUUCCCAAUCUCUAGAAUUUUGCUAAAUAUUGUAUUGUACUUGUAUGAUAGUGUUUUAUGGUAUAGUUUUUCAUCGAAAUAUCUUCUUUCUAUAUAUAUCUAUAAGUCUAAAAAAAGAAGUAUCACUGCCGAAAACGUAAAUAAAGAAAAAAUUUUGAAUACUAGUUGGAUCUAAGCCCAACACUUAAGUCAAAAUGCAAUAGUUUACUUAUUAAUUUCUCUUUAUUUUAUUUUUAUUUAUUUCUAUUAAUAUCAGUUUUACCCAGUUACUGUUUAUUUCUAAUAUGCUUAUAUUAGAAAUAAAUAGUAACAUACUUUUAAACUAUGUAUCUAGCUUUAAUUACAUUGUAAAAUUUAAGUAUUGUAUAAAGUCUCAUUGUAUAUGCACCCUAAGGAUGUAUUUCCUGGACUUUUUGUAGAAGAAUUUAAUAUAAUUUACCUGGCCAGAAUAAAUUUAUAAUUAUUCUAGUUUUAAAAGUAAAUUUGACUGAUCAAUCCUUUAUUCCAAAGAUUUGUUUUAUUUUUUAAUUAUCUGUAAAUUUUAAGGAUUCAGUGAAUUUCAAUAAUUUUCUACUAAAAAGAGCACCUGAAUUAUUAAAGUACCUAUAAUUUAUUUUGAUUAUCAGGCCAGGUUGUAAGAGUAAUCAAUGAAAUGUUUGUAGCUUGCUAUUUAUCUUGUAGAAGGUCUAAAAAGUGAUAUAAAACUGUUGCCAUUGUGAUGAUUAUGUGUACUGGUUGUAAUAAUAAAAAAAUUUAAAGUGA